CAGAGAUCGGCCCAGCUCCCGCCGGCGGAGGAUAGGCCCCGCCCCUCCGCCCGGCUUCUCUCGGCGUCCGAGUCCCCGUCGGUCCUGGUCCUGUGUGCCUCAGAGCCGGGAGGAUGAUGGCGGCGCCGAGCUUGCUGGAAACGGGCUACUCCCUGCUGGAGAAGGCGGCUGCUGGCAGCCCGCUCUCCCUCUUGCUGGCCGCCUCCGCUUUCGCCCUCGGCUUGGGAUAUUUGCUGCAGCUCGGCUCCCGGCAGAAGAAGCAGCCCAGCGCCGGCCAGGUGGGUCGCGGCGGGGGCGGCAUUGGGUGGGCAGAACUUGGACCCGUGCGGAUAGUUUGGGGUGGCAGCAAACCUGGGCAGCGGGAGGGGAAACGGCGGGUCCUUGCAGCAGGUGCAUCCAAGCACAGGCAGCCGCCGCCUUGGAAUGGGCAGCCAAAGAAGGAACAAGGGCACUCUGUGCGUGUGCAAAAAUCCCCCUUCCUCAAACGCCUUUGUUUUGUUUCCAGAGAAGAAAUCUGGAGUAAAGAAAUCAGAGUAAAGAGCCCGGAUGCUCGGCAUUUCUUUAAUGUCUAUAAAUGCGUGUAGGUGAAAACAUUCAUAGGGGCGGUGCUGUUGUUUGAUUCCCAUCCAUAUCUGUCAUCCUUUUUUUUAGAGCCAGCCUUGCCGGUUAGCUCAGUUGGUUAGAUCGCGGUGCUGAAAACAGUUUAGUGUAGAGCUGCUUUUUGAUAAACUAUAUAACAAAAGGCUUUCUUCUUCUUCUUCUUCAGAAUUACCCACCUUACAUUUCGUCGAACGUCCCCUUUUUGGGACAUGCAAUUACAUUUGGGAAGAAUCCUAUCGAAUUCUUGGAAAACGCCUAUGAAAAAGUGAGUCUAUAAUCAUUUUGCGGUAUAAUUAUUAGGGCUCCAAAGUAACACAAUUAUUCAGAAUCCUUGAGCUCAAAUAUUUAGCUGAAUGAAAUUCCAAGACUGAAGUCUCAUAGGCUAGCAAUGCAUCCCAUGCAAAUAUGAGAACCUUGAUGCUACUUAAAAAAAAAAGAAAAGCUGUUUUAGAAGAAGAUUUUAGAAUGCAGUUUAAGUGCUUUCUCUGUAUCAGCUCCUAAAUCCUCCUCCAAGUGGCUUCUUCACCUCAUCUUGUGUGGGGUAUCUGUGGAUGUUCAAGAUCUGAGUUCUUCUCAUGAUUGGUUAUGCAUUUGAGUAUAUUAGCCUACUGAGACUAAUAUUUGGUGCAGAGUGAUAAUAAUGGUCUGCCCAAAAUCUUAACUAAAAUAACAGUAAGUUAAAUCAAUAUUCACAUUAGUAGUAAGUGAGUGAACAGGGAUGUGGUUAACAGCAACACGCUUUUCAACAGCAAAGCUACCAUAGGGUAAUAUCCAACUAAGUCAUGCUUGGGGUAUUGAUAUAAGGAAUCUAAGUACUGGUUUCAUUGGGUUUACUCUAUGAAUAACCUUGGAUAUUAAAUGAAAUGAACAGAUGCAAAUAAUCUAUGUGUGGUUAGUAUAACUUUUUCUAUAGGAAGAAGAGUAGGGUAGAAGAGUAGGGUAGAAUCUAUGGGAAGAAGAGUAGGGUAGAAUUAUAAUUGGGUGGGCCUGGUGAAUCCCUGGUCAUUGUCUACUUUGUCUGGCCAUUGCCCAUCUGUCUACUUGAACAAGUUUAAACAUUAUGUGCAAUUCAAGUCUAAGUAUGUUUACUUGGAAGUAUUUACAUACAUACAUAUAUAUAUUCUGCCUUCCAAGAAGCUCAAAGCAUUGUGUAAUCCUACUCUGAUUUUAUCCUCCCAAUUACCUUGUGAUACAGCUACCAUAUAUUGUGCCUAAGGUUGCAGCCUAGACACAGUAGAUGUCCAGGUAGAUGCAUUUUUGUUUUCGUUUUUGCUUCUUGUAUACAGCCAUUUAUGUUUUUUAAAGCAGUUAUUAUGCAUUUUAUGGAUUUCAGUGAAAAUUCUCACUAUCUUUGCUGUAUGAUAAUAAAGUCACAUUCUUGUACGCUUCUGUUCCCUGCCCCUUCAUUUCCUACCUUCUUGGUUUGUUUCCACAGUACGGUCCUGUAUUUAGCUUCACAAUGGUGGGGAAGACGUUUACAUAUCUCCUGGGUAGUGAUGCUGCUGCUCUUCUGUUCAACAGUAAAAAUGAAGACUUGAAUGCAGAAGAUGUGUAUUCACGGCUAACCACACCUGUCUUUGGCAAGGGAGUAGCUUAUGAUGUACCCAACCCAGUAUGUGUUAUUUCCAUUUCAGUUUAUUUACAGUGGUACCUCUGGUUGCGAACACAAUCCGUUCCAGAGGCCCGUUCGCAACAUGAAAAGAACGCAACCCGCAGUGGUGCGUCUGCGAACACGCAGAUUGCGAUUUGCCGCUUCUGCGCAUGCAUGUGACAUCAUUUUGCGUGUCUGCGCAUGCACAAGCGGCAAAACCCAGAAGUAACCCUUUCCUGUACUUCCGGGUCGCCACGGGAUGUAACCUGAAAGAACGUAACAUGAAGUGCACGUAACAUGAGGUAUGACUGUACUUUCAUGUUACAUAUAGAACACAGCAAGUUGUUGCAAUAACAAAACAACAGAGUUAGCUUCAAUUACUCAUAAGUAUUGCUGCCAUAUUCAGUCUAAUACAAUUAGCCAAACUAAUGACAGAAGAUGAAAUAGUAGAUAGUACAAUUUUAUAGCUGAAUACCCACUCCAUAACUGCUGAUACACUCUAUCAGGGUGCAUUGUAUUACUUUAUAGUUUAACUCAAGCAUAGCAAACUUGACCCUCCAGAUGUUUUUGGGACUACAACUCCCAUCAUCCCUAGCUAACAGGACCAGUGGUCAGGGAUGAUGGGAAUUUUAGUCCCAAAAAUAUUCGGCGGGCCAAGUUUGCCUAUGCCUGGUUUAACUUACGGUUCACUUCAGAAAGAAGUUAUUAGCCUGAAGGCAUUUUAUAUAAAAAAAGGUUUGGAUCAAAAUGGGUUUUUUGUGCAUACAUAAAUGCUUCACAGUCUGUCUUAUUAUGUCCUGAAAAAUUGCCAUCUUUGCAAUUAGUUCUAUAAUGUAUUAUUGGCACAAAAUGCCAAAGUGAAACUGAUUCUGAUGUGGGAAGAAAGUGGAGCCAUGUGUGCCUUACUUUCUCCUACUAAAAUUAGUGGCAAACAAGUCCUUACCUUUUUGCUAGUUCAUGCCUAAAACAUACAAGUUGAAUAUUUUGUAAAUACAGCAUUCUUUGCUUUUUAAAGGUAUUUCUGGAACAGAAGAAGAUGCUUAAAACCGGGCUGAACAUAAGCCAGUUUAAAAGCCAUAUACCAAUAAUUGAAAAAGAAACUAUGGAAUAUUUUAAAACUUGGGGGGAAAGUGGAGAAAAAAGUAAGUAUAUAGUUUGAAAUGUUGUGCUUCUAUUUGAACCGGGUCAUUCUGGAACAAGCGUUGGUGUAUCCAGUUGCAAUCAAUUAUUUGUAACUUCUUAGGUGUAUAGAAUCCUUUAUCAACAACUUCAGGGCAAAUAAAAUAACCAGUUGCUAUCUUAUGGGCAACAAAUAAUGAAAUAAAAAGGGCAGGAAAAAUAACACUAUGUGCUCAGUUCCAGACCUAUUUUUGCAUAAGGCUUUGGCGCUGGUGUUGAAAAGGAGUUUGGAAGGUUUGCCUCCUGCUUUUCCCUAUGCACGCUGCUUGAGUAAAAAUUGUAGUGAAUGGCUACUCAUUGGCUCCAUCGUGAUGGAUAACUGUUUUUGCUUUUUCCUCCUUGUUAUAAUGACCUGAGAUGAUUGUUUGAAAGGUAUACUAUCAUAUUUUUUUAAAAAAAUGUUUUAUUGAAAUUUGAAAAAGAAUACAGAGAUUAAUAUCAAAUAUCUUUUUAUCAAGGCCAAAAACCGAUCUAAAUAAAACACAAAGAAGAAAGAAAAGGGAGUACUUUCAGAACCUAUUCUAGGGUUAAUGUGAGCCUUGUGUGAUGUUUUCAUCCAGUUUGAGCUAUUUCAUCCCUAUGUAGGACUGAAAAUACACAUGCAACCAGUUCUGUUCAAACAACCUGAUGGCACAUUUCAUUAAAGCAUGUGGUCAGGAAUGGAUUUACCGGUAGUUCAUGGGUCUGAAAUUUCUAGGUUGUAGGCUCUCAAGUUAGAUGGGAUUUUAUAACCCUGUGGGAUGGAUAACUCUAAAUCUGGCUUCAGCACAUUUCGUCUGGCCCAUUCCUUACAAUAUAUUUUUUAAAAAGAAAUCUGCAGUAAAUUCUGUCACACAACCUCUCCCACAGACAAAGGUAAGAUACUCACAAGGUAACAGGGUUACAAGGUACUUUUAGGGCUGCCUUUUACUUUAUUUUAUUUUCCAUGUAAAAACCAUUUGCAGUGUCUAGAAACAGUAGCUUCUGCCACACAUGGCGAAAAUGGACUGUGUUCAUUUAUUUUUGAGGUUCAUUUUGAUGGUAAACCUGAAUUCUUCCUCUGAUUUACUGAAUUCCCAUUAAUGUACUCUUUCUCUCUAUGCACAGACUUGUUUACAGCACUUUCAGAACUAAUAAUUUUGACAGCAAGUCACUGUUUACAUGGGAAGGAGAUAAGAAGCGUUCUUGACGAGAAGGUAGCACAGCUCUAUGCUGAUUUGGAUGGGGGAUUUUCUCAUGCAGCUUGGCUUUUGCCAGGCUGGCUGCCUUUGCCCAGCUUCAGGUACUGAGAAACUUGAUGAGCAGAGAAUUGAGUUAAUCAAAUAUGCAUUCUAUACAUUUCAUCCUGCCCUCCAUAAGGAGUUAUGGGCUUUCUAUGCAGUUCUCUUUCCUUUGUUACACCAUCAUAACAACCCUGUCAAUUAAAUUGGUCUUAGUGAUGUUGUACUUCAGGAUGGAGCAGGGAUUAACAUUAAUUAUGUUGUGCUGUAACCUGAGAUAUUUAACUUCACUAAUGUUUCAGUUCAAUUCCAGUUUACGCUACUAUACUUCUUGAUGUUUUGUUUAUUUACUGAGUGCUGCUAAAACAGAACACUUAGUAUUUAGCUUAAAUAUUAAUUUGGUUUCACAGCAUUUAUUUUCGAAUCCAUAGCCACAACAUUCUACGUAUGAGUCAGUCCUGCUUAAGGACCUCUUUGCUCUUUAUGUGGUGUGGGAGCCGCUUCAGUGCAGCCCCUUGCCAGCCCAUGGAGGACCGCCAGAUUCCACUGUUUUCUAUGCCAGUAUUGCCCUGGUUUUCAAAAGGGGAAAUAGCAGCAUGAGAAGGGAGCAAUCUCCCUUUAAACCAAAACAAAGCCUCCAUUACUGUUGGUGCUAGACUAUGAAGUACAGAUUAGAAUGUGGAUUGUUUCUCAGCAUGCCAGUUUGUCAGAUAUUGAAAGAAAGUCCCACCUUUCAGGUAGGAGUAUCACAUUAGCCCAGGGGUCAGCAAACUUUUUCAGCAGGGGGCCGGCUCACUGUCCCUCAGACCUUGUGGGGGGCCAGACUAUAUUUUGGGGGGAAAAUGAACAAAUUCCUAUGCCCCACUAAUAACCCAGAGAUGCAUUUUAAAUAAAAGCACACAUUCUACUCAUGUAAAAAAACGCUGAUUCCCGGACCGUCCACAGGCCGGAUUUAGAAGGCGAUUGGGCCGGAUCUGGCCCCUGGGCCUUAGUUUGCCUACCCAUGCAUUAGCCUCUCAGUAAGUACACUCUUGUAUAGAAUUGUAGGGCCAAUCUAGUUUUUUAAGUUUGUGUAAAUUGAUACAGCCUUUUAAGGAGCAAUGCAGGCAACAUGCAUGCGUGUUGAAAUUGGAAACUGAUAUGUAGAAUUCAAACCCUGUAGAUUAAUUUUUUUCCCUUCUAAACAUGCUGUUACUUACAUGGAUUGUUUUAAUUUCAGGCGCAGAGAUAGAGCCCACAAUAAGAUAAAGUCCAUUUUUUACGAAAUAAUUCAGAAACGACGGAAGUCUUUGCCAAGAGAGGACGAUAUGCUUCAAACACUGCUGGAUGUUACCUACAAGUACGUGAUGUAGCAAAAAUGUUGCUGUUAGUUCCAGGAAGGUCUUUUCAGCUCUGAGUUUCCAACAACUUUUUAUUCAGGAAGAUAAAAUAGCAGCAGAGCAACUAGUAGCCUGACUUAUGCAAAGUAGAGCAGGCUUUUUUGCAGUGCCAACCCUGCCCCUCACUGCAAAUACAGUGGAAGGACACAGUAUGAAUAUUUCUAAUAAAUUGUCCUAGCAAUCCUGAAAUGAUUCUAUGUAUUUUGCUUGAAUUAAUCUGAAUUUGUUUUAGCAGAAAUGGAAAACAGCAGCCACCCAGAGGAUUGUGUCCAUGAAAUCUGUUUUUUGACUUCCUUGUUCAAGUGGCACAUAUGACCUGUGUUGUCUGUUUUUAAAAUCUAGAGAUGGCCGUUACCUAUCAGAUGAUGAAAUUGCUGGGAUGCUUAUCGGGCUGCUGUUGGCAGGUCAGCACACAUCUUCGACUACAAGCACUUGGCUUGGCUUCUUUUUGGCUAGAGAUAAAUCAAUCCAGGAGCGAUGUUAUGGGGAGCAAAAAGCAGUGUGUGGGGAAGACUUGCCUCCAUUAAGCUAUGACCAGGUUUGUAGGUUCUGUAAUUCCUUUUAAGCAUUUCUGUGUGAAUGCAUGCAAGUUCCUUAAAUGUUUUUUUUUAAAGAUUUUCUUGUUUUACAGAAGUAAGUGUAAUGUCUCUCGUAUUUUUUCCAUGUAACAUUUUUACAAAUCCGUUUCAUUUGUCGAGACAUUAGGGGGAGAAAGAAAAAGGGGUGGAGGGAGGGAAGAUGGGUGGAGGUGGGGUCGAGUGGCGAUGUUUCUAUUAUGCUUAAUGUAUGUAGGGUUUGGUGUCAGCGUUGCUUGUGCUGUUCACUUGUGUUCCUUUGGUGGUGAGAGAGGUUGGGGUUGGCCUAGAGUGUGGUUGUUUGUUUGUGAUUGGCUGUGGUGAUCUUUGUUUUCAUGUGUGAGUGGGGUGGGUUUUGGAUCAGGUUAGCCAUAUUGAUUUGUAUGCUGUUGGUGGAUUAUUGUCAUUGUCUUGUUGGGCUGUGUAUGUGAUAAAGGGGAGCCAUACCGGGGUAAAGGCAUCUUCUUCUGUUUGUCCCCGUGUCAGUUUCAGUUUAUUGGUUAAUUUUUAUAGUAGGGCUGUUUCCCAUACUAUUUGGUACCAUUGGUCCAUGCUGACUCCUGAUAGGUCUCUCCAGUGUCUGGUUAUGGCAAGUUCCUUAAAUGUUUAGGUGGAAUUAGUUGAGAGAACAGGUUUUCAGAGGGCUUUUUAGUUCUUGGUUUUUAAUUAUGAGUGAAGUUAAAUCCCCUAAAUUGGGGGGGCCCAAAUUGGUGGGCCUUCCUAUUUGGCGAAGCCAUGUCCACCUGCCCUGCAUGUAAUAUAUGAUGCCAGGUGUGGGGCAGGUAAAGGUGAGUCAUGGCUGAAAGGGAGCUUGCAGGCAAGACUGACUGACAACGUCUGCAAAGCCAUUUACAAAAGUGCUAUUUUCCACAGUGCUUUGAAUGGAGUUUCCGAACAUCUGACAAUCAGCUGCUUCUCAGAUCUUCAGGAACCCCCUUGAAAGCCUUGUGUAAAGUAGCAAGCAGAAGAGCUCAUUUGCCAUCGGUCAGAAUAAGGAUGAGUGAAGAUAAUUAUCUGGCCCGCUGGGCUAGAGAGGUUCCUACCCUUGCCCUAGCUCAGUCAGUAAAAGCAUGUGACUCUUAAUCUUAGGGUCAUGGGUUCAAGUUCUAGGAUGACCUUUAAGGUCCCUUCCAACAAUUCUAUAAUUCUAGGUGUAAUGAGAGUUAGUUUGGACCAGAGUUAAGAUUGAGCAAUAUUGUGGAUGCUAAUGUAAAAUUACACGCAAACACGUAGUUUCUUUUUCUCCAAUUACAUAGAGGAAAACAUGUUUUAAAUUGCUUUAGUUCUGCUGGAAGAUAACGAUCUGCUGUUUAGCUUUAUGCUAAAUUAUGGUUCUUUCACUAAAGGAUGUUAUCCGUAUAGAUAUGCACAAAACCAACAAGGUUUGUUUUUACUCUUUCGUAGCUCAAAGAUAUGACUUUCUUGGAACUUUGCUUGAAAGAAACAUUAAGACUUCGACCUCCUAUAAUGACUAUGAUGAGGAUGGCUAAAACUCCCCAAGUACGAAUCUUUGUUUCAGCGAUAUGUUAAAGCAGAAAUAAUAUCUUGAUGAGGUGGUAAGUGGAAUGUGUGGUGGGGCAGAGCCACCUUCCUGGCAUUGCUGCUUCUCUGGGCAGCAGAGAAGAGGAGCCAGCGAUACUCCUGCUGGUGAAAUGUGACUCUGACCUCACCCCUUCUAACUAGGUAGCAGUGAUGUCAAGGUGCCACUACUGACCAGAAGAGUACGCUCCAAAAGCAAUAUGAAGUUGCAAACAUUACUUUUAUUGACAAAUAACAGUACAAAAGGUGGAAUAGUUCUAACCUCUUGAUUUCCCCCCUUGUAAAUGAUACAAUCAGUUUAAGUAACUGCGCAGACACAGUUAUAUAUGAGGUUGUUGUAGUACCUAAAACUUAAUACAUGGGCAAAGUAGUCCUUGGAGGCGGGGUUGAAGAAGGAAGUUUAUGGCAGAUGAGUUAAUGCCUACUUCCAAAGCCCUGCUGUGUUUACACUGGCCAGGGUGGAAGGUGGGGGUGGGAAUAAUCUCCCUCCCAAAGAGAAUAGACUACAUCAGCUUGAGGGCGGGAGUAGGGUUGUGGCUGGUUUGAAGACUUCUAAGGAAAAGAGGAACUAAGGGUUUCCACAACAUGCCCCCUUUCCAUUCGAUACCAUCCUUGGAGCACUAACAGCAGAGGAGUGGCUAUGGUGGAGCUUUUAACUCCCACAAGGAGGACUUUAGUGCUGGACCUCCCUUUCUGACUGCAGAGAAGAAACCCUGUGCUAUCCUAUAGCCUCUCUGCUGCUCUUCCAGGAGUUCAGGACUGCUGCUUGCCUUAAAUUAUUUCCAGCAGUUCCAUUCUAAGUUGCUUCCAAAGUUCCCCACUUCCCUUAACACAGAAAGAGACUAGACAUUUGGUAAAUAAAAAAUGGUUUACUAAUAAACUCUUCAAUAGACAGAUUCAUAUGCUUUUCCAUACAGUAGUCAGAAUAGGGGGUAGUAAAACUUAGGUUCUCAAGUGGUGUUUCUAAAUUAUUUGGUAUAGACACACCAAGGUGGCUGGCUUAAGCCAUGUGGUCUGAGCUUGGAGCAUCUAGCUUAGACUUCCUUAUUGGUAGAGUUCACAUGCUGGAAUGGAAAGAACAAAGGCUUGAUCCCUUCCUCCCAAGGUAAGAGGGGGAGUGACCUAGCUAAGCCAAGCAGGACAGCUUAAGCUAUGGUCUUAACCCCUUCAUGCAUUAAUUAGACUUAAGCAUAUUGGUUAUAGGAGGCUGGAUGUCCCACAACUUGAGCAAACAGAGAAAUGCCUUUAGCUAGGAUAGUGAUAAUACAUUGAUGAUAUGAGUGGUACAUGAAUAGUAUUAGUGAAUCAACUAUCCAAACUUUUGAUGGGUUGGAUUUGAAUGUACACUUGAUAAAAGUGUUUUCUUGCUUUUAGACAGUUGCUGGGUAUACAAUUCCACCUGGUCAUCAAGUCUGUGUAUCUCCCACUGUCAAUCAGAGACUUAAGGAUUGUUGGACAGAAAAUGUAGAUUUCAAACCAGAGCGUUAUCUCCAGGAUAACCCCGCAGCUAAAGAGAAGUUUGCGUAUGUGCCGUUUGGUGCUGGUAAGUUGGUUGUAGUAGAUGUUCUCCAAAUAAGGGAUACAAUCAUUGCCACCUUCAGUCAUUUAAAAACAAACAAGCAAAAGACUUUAAUUUUUAAAAUUAAUUUGCAGCAUGGACUGGACACCUGUGUCGGCCCUCAUGUUUUGAAAAGUGGAGUAUCAGUGUCUCUAGCUAAUCUCUUGAAAAUGCAGGCACUUGGCUAAUAAACAGUAACUGAGGUUCCAACAGGUUAAAGCCUCUCCCACAGCAACCUAUUUUUGUUCCCAUGAAGCAGACCUUGGGUGGGUUUUGUUUGCAGGCAUCCAGUUUUGAGGCAUCCUGUGGCCCUUCACCCCCCCCCCCCGGGAGUUUAGGAUUGCUCCCUUAUACAGAUCUAAUUUCUUGGUGGUACAAGAAUGUUUGCAAACGUAAAAUAAAGACACUUUUAAUUUUCUUUUAGGUCGUCAUCGUUGUAUUGGAGAGAACUUUGCUUAUAUUCAAAUUAAGACAAUUUGGUCAACGCUUCUGCGUUUGUAUGAAUUUGAUUUGGUGGACGGUUAUUUCCCUACCAUAAAUUAUACAACUAUGAUCCAUACACCCACUAACCCUAUCAUUAGAUACAAAAGGAGAUCAAACAGCACAACAUAGCUUCUUGCAGCUGAACUGCAGGGACAUUUCUGUACAAGUUAUGUGAAGACAGUUAAAAAAAGUGGCUGUUCCUAGCCUAUAGUAUUGUGAAGAAGUGUGGAAAGUUUGUGCUAUUGGGAGUACUAAGUGGGGGGUGGGAUGUUUGCUUUUUAUGUUUCUAUCAUUUCUUAUCCUGUACUUCUGAUUCUGUAAUGUGAAUGUGUUCUAAUAUAUGUGCCUUUUAAAAGAAAACUAUUAAUCUUUGGUAGGUUUAGAAAUACCACAGUUUUUUAAAAUGUAAAUGGAUUAAUGAGAAUGUAUUUUGGUUUCUUUAAAAUGUUGGGAUAAAAAAAUAGGAUCCUGCUUCAUUGACUCCAGUAGUUUCACUUAAACUUGUGAAAAAACCUGGUCUAGUGGAAUGCUGAUUAAGCCAAAGAUGACUAAUCAUGAGAGCUGUAGAUCAUAGAUGUUAUUGUUUUCCAGAGGUGACUUUCUGCCUGUGGCAGAGUUCCACUUGCAAAGCACUGGAUACAACCCUUUGUUUUUAAAUUGGGCAAUGCCAAAAUGACAACUUUAAUGUAAGUUACAGUUAGGCAAUCGGGUUGAGAUUAAUACUUAUGAUAAAGAUCUAAAGUAUUAAUCUUAUGUGACUAGCACAGGACAUUUUUACUUACACGGUGUCUUAUCUAUAAAAUGUUGGUGUGCAAGCAGUUUUGGAAGAAAGCCGAAGGCUCUCAUGGGUGUAGUGCCCUCAGUAUGGACUGAGAGUAGAACAGAGGAACAACCAGGUGACUUGUUCACACCUGAGAACCAGACAUUCUCCCCCUUCCCCAUUUCUCACAAAUGCACAAGCAACUCCCCAUAUUCUAUUUGUGCAUGAUCGUGCACACACAAGCUGGGCGGGCAGGUGAUGCGUAGGUAAGACGCUUCCCCUCCGACUCACGAGGAGACCACUGGGGCAGGUCUCCUGAGCAAGGACGACUCUCCAGGGUGCUCUCCAUUUUGCACAUUUUCAUGUAUGCAUGUGGGGGCCCAGAAAAUAACCCCUGUGUAAAUGGGGAACCGCCUGUAACAAUAAAAAUGUUGUAGCGCCUUAAAAACACUCUUAUUGUAGCUAGUCAGAAGACUGUUUUUUUUUCAGCAGGCCUAAAGUUUCAAAAUAAAUUUUGAACACGUGUCACACAUUU